AUGGUUGAUGCACAGCCAAAAGACGUGGUUUUACCAUGUUGCUCUACUGGUACAUCUGGGAAACCACCAUCGCCAAUUAAGAUCCAUGUUUCCAAAGGUUCCGAAGUGCCAACCCAUAAUUUGAAAUCGACGAUUGUUGCGUGUACGGGCACGCCUUAUAUCUUCUUGUACGGUGGGUUUGACGAGAAUGAUGCAUUGGAUAGUAAAGUAUACCUUUUGAAUACAGAUAGUAUGGAAUGGGAAGUUGAUGAUAAAGUGGACGGGCUAUACCGAGAGGGACAUCUGGCAGCGUUCAUCAAUAACGGAAACAUCUUGAUAUUCGGAGGAUUGCCAUUUGAUGACGAAAUAUCCAAUGACACCAGAAAUAAUAGGAAUUAUAAGGAGUUUCGAAAAGACAGUUUAAUGAUGAUUUAUAAUAUUUUUGAUAGAAAAUGGAUAGGUCCACCGGAAUUUGCUUUGGAAAAUGCACCAAGCUCUCGCUCAAGACACGCUUGUUGCUUGACCCCAGAUAGAUUGAAAUUGUAUAUCAGUGGCGGGUUGGUGAAAUCGUCACCUUUAAGUGAUUUAUAUUGUUAUGACCUCACAAUGGGCACUUGGUCCGGCCCAUUCAAGUUUGUUCCUCGAUUCGAUCAUAAGAUGAUAUAUUACAAUGACCGCAUCUUUCUCUUUGGUGGUUUGGAUGGAGACAUGAACCAUGUGAAAACUAUUACUUAUUAUUCCUUGAAAAAUAAAACCUUUGGAGAAGUAUCGAUUUCAAAUUGUAUAACUAGCAAUUUGUCCUCCUUGUAUUAUGAUUUACACAUUUUGGAAAGUCAAAUAGAUCCAAGCUCGAGUAUUUUUUUAAACUUACCAACUUGGAAUUCAGAUGGAGGCAUUGAUAUUUCCAGAGUUAGUUUGUUGAAUUUCGAGGUGGAGGUUCUAUUUGAGCAGUUAAAAGUGUCGAAAUUUUUAAGCCAGGAGGGGGAGGGAGAGGGGGAGGGAGAGGGAGAAAGAGGGGGGGAGAAGGAAAAGGAAAAGGAAAAGGGAAAAGCUUGUCAUUAUACGUGGAUAUGCGCUGUUACCAACGAUAAAGGUAAGCUAUACCUUUUGGGGAAUAAAAAGAAACAGUUUACUCACUUGUUUGGUUCAUUGAUAUCGGGGGAACAAGUAGGAGGUAACGACACCAUUGUGGAAGAAGAACCUACCGAGGAAGAAGAAGAAACAUUUGAGCAGACAAUCAGAUUGAGUUAUGUGUUGGAAAUGGAUUUGGAAGCUUUGGGAAUUCACGAGGUAAAGCAAGAUCUGUUAUCGGCAGAUUUUAUAAAUUUAUUCAACACAGGCCAAUUUUCAGAUUUCCAAAUUGAAGCAUUAGCAACUGAACAAGAUCGACAACAUUAUGAAAAUCAAACCACUUAUGAGACAAAGAUUAUACCUGUACACAAGUCAAUUUUAAUUGCUCGAUGGCCUCAUUUUUGCCGUAUGAUUUCUUCUGGUAUGAAUGAAACCAUAAAUGAUAAAGUAUUGAUACCUGAUCCAUAUCCAGGCGUGAGAGCUAUGUUGUAUUACUUGUACCUGGGAGAACUUGAAGACAAUGAACAUUUGCUGAUUCUUGAUUAUUCAGGGCUACUAAUCUUGGCCAAUUUAUACGAACUACCCAAGCUCAAGAGUCUAGUAUUGCAAAAGCUAUAUACACUAUUCAAUCAGUUCAAAUUAUCAAACGAUAUAAGUGAACAUCUGAUUUCGACCUUGUUACAACUUUGGAAAGAUUUAAACUUGGCCAAUGAAUCGAUUCUCCUUGCAAAAGUGAUUGGUUGCAUAAAAGAGAAAUGGAGCGUUAUCACUAGAUCAAAGGCAUUUGUUCAUCAAUUAUCCAAGGAGGAUAUUGUUAAAUUAUGUCAGGAUUCAACUGAUGAUUAUCUGAUUUGUCAAGGUGCCGGAUCCGCAUACCGCAAUCUUUUCCUAUCUCAAUCAUCCUCACUAUUUGCUAAUACUGAAGCUAAGAUGAGUUCCAGUCGAAACUCAUUGAAUUCGUUGGACCUUACAGCUACUCCCGAUACACCUGCUCGGAACACAAAUUCCCCAUUUAUGGUUGAUUCUCCAGCACAUCACUCUUUACAGUUACAAGCACCAACAUUCCCUGAGGAAUUAGAUUAA